AGCCACCGGAGAAUGUCACCUUCAAUCUGGAUCACGCGUUUGCUGAUAGUGAUACUGACGACAGUAACGACAUCCCAGAUGAAGAUGCCGACACUGCGUACGAUCUUCCCGGACCGUCGUCAGUAGAAUCGAACCAUGUGCUCGAUCCGCCGGCCUGGUCCAAAUGGUCAGAAUGGUUUGCUGCCAGCGCUGCGUCCAAAAUCCGAGUUAGGACAUGUGAAGUGGAUGGCGAAGAAAUCAACGAGGCUGUUUGCGAAGGAGUCCGCAUGCAGAUAAUCACCUGCGACAAGAUGAACUCCAGCAUGUGUGGGAAAGUCCAGGGAAUUAGAACCUUACCCAUGGACGGUUGUGCAGAGAGCUUCAAGAACAUGCAGAAACGGGAGUUUCUACAAG